UACAGUGAUUUAUAUUUGAUAUUAAGGUCAAAAAGCAUGGUCACUAAAGGUUGGGAAGGAGGGGAGGAGGAGGUUGUGUUGUGUGGUCAUUUCGUACCCGAGAUAUGGCGCCUAGACGGAUGUCAGAGAAAGGAUAUUUGUUCAGGAAGAUCAUCUAGACAUUGACAAAUUAGAACUACGAAAACAUGGAUAAGUUUGUAAUUCGCAAACCCAGAAAUUCGCCAUCAUCAAGUCCUAAAAAAAAGGGCUCUUACUUAAAGCAAGCAACUAUUGAGUCUCUCAAGGGUGUUGUAGUAAUAGAGGAGCUGGAAAGAGCCAGGGUAGUUUUGGAACGCAGCGACACUUCCAGCGAGCUGAAAGUUGACACUCUACAACACUUGAAGCGCAAGAGGCCAGCUAAAGAAGUUCUCAUUAAAACACAACUAGGUAAAACUGUUCAUAAAUUGUGUAAGUCGAAGGAUGCAGAUGUGGCAGAGGCAGCAAAAGAGGUCUACAGCCUGUGGAAGGAGCAUGUGCUCAGUAAAGUUAACAGACCAUUGAUAGAAGUCAGAUGUGAUGCCAAGACACAAAGUUUCCGCAACACUGCACGGCGAAUGUUACUAGAUGCACUCAAGAAAUCUGAGGGUGAAGAGUAUUCAGGGGCACAAAAAGAGCCACAAAGAGAAAAGACUGAAAAGAAUGAAGGCAAAUGUACAGAAAAGACAGUGGAAAAUAAUAAAAAGAAAAUGUGUGAAGGCACAAGUGACUCCAUUGAAGUGCUUGCAGAGUACAUAGAGAGAGAUGUUUAUCAGGCGACUCGGAGGUUAGUCAGUAAUGCUUACCGUCGUACCAUCAGGAAACUUGUAUUUACUUUGAGACACCAGUGUGAUGUGAGACAGUCAGUAAUUUCAUCAACAUUACCUGUUGCAGAGCUAGUGAAACAGCACCUAAAGAGUUGAUCAUUGCUUCAUACAUUAUAAGCGUUAUGACGUUGGGUACAUGUUUCCCUAGGGGUACGCAAGGGGAGGAUCUUUCAGGUACACAAUAAUUCUAAAAGUUACUGAUACCUUGAAGUUUAUGUAAAGCCAAUAUGUAGAAGGCAUCCCAUAUGUGGGGUAUACAUACCCCUUAGGACCUAAGGGUAUGCGUAUGCCUGUCGUGUACCUGUCAAUGAUUCUGAGAAUCAAUGUCCCGCUGCCCAGUCUUAGCAGGCCUCCUGGUCAUCGCUUUUAUUUAAAUUCCUUACCAUUAGCAUUUGCUCUAAGCUAUACAUAUGGUUAAUGAAGCAUUUAUGGAAAAUUCUAAUUUAAUUUUAUUUAACUUAUUUACUUUUUUAAUCAGUGUUUGUUUUUUAAGUGCUUAAAAUAACUUUAGCUCUAAUAUCAACCUGUCCUCUUGCAUAACAUUUCGUAUUUUGAUGUAAAAAUUCCCGAUGUCAAAGUAAGAUGUGUCAAAACUCAUAGUGGCUCGCAUUAAUGUGAUGUCCCAUUUUUUAUUUGUGGGUACUUGCUUAGGGCUGGGCAAUUUAAUACCUGUACAUCAUUUUAUGAUGUGAACACUCGAGAGGAUCGGCUGCUAGUACUGAGAGCAGGAAUUGAUGUGUAUUACUUUUACGUAAAAAAUAUCUCCAAAACAUUGAUCAUUACUUGCUCAUUGUUUAGUCUGAAAAGGCCUCAGUUUAUAUUUUAAGUUAGAUUUAGAAACCUUAACAAAGGAAUGUAUUUUUAUUUCUGGACAAUAACAUAAGUGCGAGAGAAUGUCAAUUUUAAAAUAUAAGUUUUUUAAACCAUAAAUAUAU